AUGCCGGAUCUCUCCGGUACGCGCCACGCGCCCGUUCGCGUAAUGAAGGCCAUGGAAGCGAAGUUCGCGUGGGAUGCUUCCUUCCAUGCGCUGUAUACGGACUUUAUGCAUCAGUACGCCGAGCUCGGGCAUAUGACGCCGGUCGAUCCGACGAAGACGCCCGUCUGUUAUUUGCCUCACCACGGAGUGAUGAAGGAGUCUAGCGCGACGACGAAAUUGCGAGUCAUCUUUAACGGCUCGUCUGCGUUGCCGUCGGGAGUGACUCUAAAUAACCAUCUGCACACCGGGCCGAAUUUGCUGCCGGCUUUGGCGGAGAUCUUACUCCGGUGGCGGCGUCAACGCUUCAUUUUCGCGGCGGACAUUGAAAAAAUGUACCGGCAGAUCAAAGUCCACCCGGAGGACCGAGAUCUGCAGCGCAUAGUUUGGCGUAAAAGUCCUAGCGAGGUGUUGCUGGAAUUCAUCCUAAUCACGUUCACGUACGGGCUCGCUUGCUCCGCGUUCCUGGCGAUCCGCACGCUUUAUCAGCUGGCCAAAGACGAUGGAGCUGAGUUCCCGCUAGAAGUUAUUGCGCUUUUACUGGAGAGUUAUAUGGACGACAUCCUAUCCGGCGCGGACUCAAUUUCAAAGGCCAAGGAGAUCCGUCGUCAGCUGGAGCAAAUCUGCAUGGCGGGCGGGUUCCCGCUUAAAAAAUAG